AUGACCUCUACACCACAUGCCAUAUCUUGGCUGGCAAAGCAGCGUGCGGAACAACAGGCAGACCUCUCGCGGCAGGCGCAGUCUUCCGAGCAAGAGCUUGCUCGGCGAAGAGCCGCCUUCGCGGAGGAGGUGGCCGCCAAGGAAAAGCUGCGCCAGGAGGAGGAGGCUUUUGAGAAGGAGCGCUUGUGGCAGGAGCGAGAGGAGGUGGAGCGGCAAAAGGGCCUUCUCUUUGCGCUGAGCCUGCAGCGGAGUUACGAGGUCUGCCUCGCUGGCGGAGUUGAAGGCCGAGGUGCGAAGACUGAGUCGGCCCAAUCGGAGGUGGUUGUGCCAACGCCGCGUGAGCUCCUGCAGACCUUGGAGCAGAUUCCCCAACGGCUGCUAACUCAAGAGCUCACAAUGACCUCCACGAAGCACCUCGCCGUCAGCGACCUCCGCUGGGUCGCCGCAGUAUCGCGCAGGUGUUUUCGGAAGAUCACCACGAAGCCGGAGCUGCUGAAGCUGCACAUCGUGGGCGGGAUCCUCUCCACAGGCUUUUCUCCGCAGAUGCAGGACUACAGCGUUUUCUUGGAGCGGACCCAGUCCUUCAUUGCGAUCAACGGCGAGGUGGAGCCCUCGGAAACGGCGCGGUUCAGCGUGCUAAACGCUGAAGGUGUCGCGGAGGCCAACACCAGUGGGGCGAGCCUCACCCAGGCUUUCGCGGUGAAUGGCGAGGAGACGUACCCAGUCAAGCGAAAGUUCGUCGUGACUGAUGCGAAAAGCCACAGUGACUACAGGCUACAGAUGCUGAAAACUGGCCUCUUGCCGAGCUCGUUGACCUUUGUGGCAGAGACAUCCACCGGCCAGAUGUUCCGCAGAUGUGUUCCAUGGGGCUCUCUCUGGCAUGGCUUGCCCGUCACCCUCCCGAAGACCGUGACGUCUUUGAGCGUGGAAAUGGAGGUGCUGCACUACGUCGCAGAUAUACCGUCGAGCAGUCGGCUGGACGAUCGAUUCUCAACCAUUUGGCUUCCUAACUUGACAGAGGAUGCGUGCCACCGCCUCCUCUAUGCCCGGCAGGCGGUGACGGCCUGGCACACGAAGCCCGGUUGCUGGCUCGUGCUUCAGCCUUCCUGGUCCAUCUGUGAUGCCACGAGAUCCGAUCUCACCCUGCAGUUCAUGAAGCAUACGGACACCGCGCUCGCCGCCUCGGCUUGCGCAAAGCUGAACGGGAGACUGAAGACCGGCUGUGUGGACUUGCAGCAAUCCGCGGCAGGAUCGCCAACAGUGGCGGCGAAUAUGACGGGCUUCUUGCCGCAAGACAAGCAGGAGUUCUCGUCUUUCAGCAUGGAGCUUAUGGUGCACCGGGGCAACCAGAGCGGAUACUCGGCCAUGGCCGUGGGUGACAUGUACAACCUGAAGGAGGGCAUCAUGCUCUCGUACAUCCCGAUAACCAACUGGGACAUGAUGGUCGCGUAUGCCCACGUCCCGGACGUUUAUAUCGAGUCGCACGGCUACAAGCUGCAGCCGCGCAGCGUUCGCGGAUGGGUUGUGAAGCCGUGGCCGAUAUGGGUCUUCGACUCCAGCGCCUUCUUCAAGGCCGAUGCCCUCACCAUCUUCUUCACGUCCGAGGAUCUCGACUGUUCAAUCACUUCGGCCGAGGCCGUACCUUCGGGGCAAGAACGGUUCAUGCUGAAGAAGGUGGCACCAACGGAGACCGCGUGCCAGUUUGAGCAUGAGUCGGAGGUCUGCUUUAUGGGCUGGAAGAAGACCACGGCCUUCGAGCUUCCACUGGACUACUUCCGAAACUAUUCCCUCCAGAACAGGUCACAAAAGUCCUGGAACAAUCCCUUGGAUGUCAUUGGCCAAAGAAACUGUACCUCCAUGCAGCCGUUUCAGGACAGUGAGGGAGCAGAGCCCUUCCUGCUCACCCUGCAGCUGGUGUCCGAAAUGCAUGUCGACGAAGUCAGCGCCGUGCCCUUUCUGCUCUCAGAGCAUGGGCGGGUCUUGAAAUCGGACUUCGCGUGCACACAGCGGAAGCAGAGAUGCGAGCUCAACGUUCACCACGCGGCCGAACUCGUGCAAGCUGCCUGGCAGGCCAGAAACCUCGGGAACGAGAUGCCGAUGAUGGGCAUCGUCUUCCUCCUGCCAAAAGAAUGUUCGCUCUCUGUGACCGAUUACUGGAACUUCACCCUGCAGGAAUUUGAUCUUCAGUCUGGUCACCAGGCCACCAUUUGUGGGUAUACCCACGCACCCAUGGCAGCAGCCAAGUUCUGUGGCGGUGACUUCGAGACACGCGCAUUCAAGUUUCCCAUUGCUGUCCCCAACAGCUUCUACUCACAGACAGCGUUGACGGCUUACUACACCUGCGGCUGGUUCGAAGAUCCGGUGGUGAAGCUGGACCUCUACGUGAUGGACGACUGA